UGAAAUUGCCCUUGUUUGUAGGUUAGGUUAGUUUUAGUAUUCGAAAGUAACAUUAACAUAAGUUGAAAUUUGAAUAUAUCUUUUGAAAGUGUUGAUUAGCAGUUGAAGUUUACUGGUAGAGUAUGUAAAAAUGAAUCGGGUUGUUGAGAAGGACGAAGAAAAAUCCAUUCAGGACAUCAACUAUGAAGAUGCAAUCACUUACUGGAACCAUAUACCCCCCACAGUUAAUGGAAUGCUUGGUGGUUUUGGAUUUAUAUCCAGCACUGACCUUCAGGGCUCAGAAAUGUUCCUUAAAAACUUAUUUCAGUUAAAGAAUCAUCCUGAUCAUGGAACAGCAGUUGACUGUGGUGCAGGAAUAGGAAGGAUCACUAAACAUUUGCUAAUGCACCAUUUUAAAAAGGUGGAUUUAGUAGAACCAGUAAAACCCUUCAUUGACGAAGCUCGCAAUUAUAUCCAAAAUGAUGAGAAAAUUGGAGUAUAUCACAACAUUGGCUUGCAAGAUUUCAAUCCUUGUGUGAAAUACGAUCUGAUUUGGUGCCAGUGGGUUUUAUCUCAUCUAACCAACCAAGACCUUAUCAAAUUCUUUAAGACCUGCAGAGACAGCUUGAAUCCAAAUGGUGUUAUUGUGGUGAAGGAAAAUCUAUCAUCUAACCAAGAAGGGGACAUCGAUGAGCAAGACUCUUCAAGGACAAGACACGAGAAAGAGCUUAAACAACUGUUCACUGAUGGCGGACUGAAAGUUAUCAAAGAAGCAGUUCAGAAAAAAUUCCCAAAAGGACUAUAUUGUGUGAAAAUGUUUGCACUCAGGCCAGACAGUUCAACAGUGCUUCAGACUUAGUGUACAUUAAAUUAGUUGUUUUUUUAA